AGGAAUGGGGUUUCGGUUAACAGCGAAUGAUUUGGCGAGCUGUUUUCGUGGGAAAUACCUGGUUACCCCGCGUUUAUACCCUGUGAUUCUUUUCGUCCUCAUCUUCGGCGUGGUCCUCACGUUCCUGAAUGUCUACGAGCUUCACAAAGUGCGGACUUCCUUGAUUCUUCCACAAGCUGAAAAGUCAGAAGAAACUGGAUUGAUAGCAUGGAUCGAUACGACGAAGUUCUCCGCCGGACAUUUGCAACAUGUUCAGAACGUUUUCCAGAGAAUCGGAUUCAAGGUUGUUUCGGAGAAACCAACCCUCGGAGAUGAAAUGAUGUCGACAUUCGCCCACCAGAGAGUGAACCACUUCCCAGGCUCGGGGUACUUCACGAACAAAAUGAAUCUGGCGACGAUCACGUCGAAAUACAUUCCGAAAGCCUUUCAAUUGCCGAACGGGAGGGAAGCUGCGUUGAAAUAUUCCAAGGAGAACCCGGAAAAGAUGUUUGUCCUGAAAAGCAACGUGCAUCGGGGAAUUAGCGUGCAGAAAAUUGGCGAUAUCGAUCUCGCAGCUUCCGGGAAGUUUGUCCAGGAAUUCGUCUCCAAUCCUCUCCUGAUUGACGGGCACAAGUUUGACAUCGGCGUCUAUGUGGCUAUCACUUCCGUGAAUCCCUUGCGGGUUUACAUUUACGAAGGAGAAGUUUUAUUCAGGUUUUGUCCAGCGGAGUACUAUCCGUUCGAUCCGGUCAACUUGGACAAGUACGUUGUUGGAGACGAUUACCUGCCGUUGUGGAAAGUACCUUCACUGAGUCCGUUCUACAACAAGUUGGGCCUCGGAAUGAAAGACAGUUUCAAUGCAUAUCUCCGAGCGAAUGGCCGCAACGAUUCCACAUGGCUCCGUGAUGUUAAAGCUGCCAUUCAAGAUAUUCUUUUAAGCGUUGAAUCCAUGAUGAUGAAUCUGAUUACCAAGUAUCCGCAUAAGGAGGUCUUCUUCGAGAUGACGCGCUUCGAUUUCGUGCUUGAUGAAAACUUGAAGCCGUUUCUUAUGGAAGCCAACAUGUCGCCGAACCUGAGCUCCAAGCAUUUCCCGCCGAAUCGAUUUUUGUAUGAAGAAGUUUUGUAUAACUUGAUGUCACUUGUUGGACUUGCCAGGCAUAUCUCGUCGGACACGUUACUGUAUAGAUCUGAUGACGAAGAAGUGAUGGAAGUGAAAGACAAGGACAUAUCAGUGUUCCAAGAGCUGUGUGCAUCGAAAAAGUGUGCGGAAGAUUGCAGUGUCAAAGAAUGCAAAUCCUUCUGUGUGCAUUGUUAUUCCCAAGGGGAAAAGGCCGAAUUGAAGCGAGCUUACAAGGAGCAUUUGAACAGGAUGCGAUACAGACGUGUUUUGCCUUUCCCAAUGUAUCCGUCGAACGCCAAGGAGGAAUUCGAAGAGAAACGCGGGUUGUUUGAUAGUAACGUAUGGAUGCUACGAUGGUUCCGCGGAAUGUGUUUGAAGGAUAUUUCUUUUUGUCAAUAGAUGUUUAGGAGAAGUUAUAUUUUUUAUGGGAAGUUUGACCUCAUGUUCAGGGCUCUGGUGCGCAGGGAUUUUUUUUUUUCGUGCUGAAGAAUUAUAAAUGUAAUUGACUUUUCCUUUCAUUCUCGCGAAAGUCACUUGGAUGUCUUUUAAUUGACCCAAGAAUUCGCACCUUGAUUCUCGAACUCUCGUGUAACCUGACCAAAAUGUUUUCUAAUUUUGCGUUCGUGAUGUUGUAUCAUUCGAAUGUAUUCGCAUGUUUUGAUGAGAAACUAUUCCAUCCAUGUUUUGGACCUUGCUCAGCAGAAUCGGCCCAACGAAUCUUGUCGCGUGAAAGGCAAUCAUUCCUUACAGUAAUUAGGUGGAAAUGUCUGAUUUCUGCGCGCAGUCGAAACUUUUUCUACUUCUCCACGCAGAAUUCGAGGCAAAAUUGCUGCUCACUUGAUUAAAUUAUUCCGAAG